AUGCUCAAGCUGUCGUCGUACGACGUGUUCCGCAAGCUGCCGCGCGACCUCACGCACGGCACGAGCCAGGGCGGCGUGCUGUCCGUGCUGGCCGUCGCCCUCAUCCUGCUCGUCUUCCUGUUCGAGCUGUGGACCUACGUCGCCGGCGAGGUCGAGACCGCCGUCAUGCUCGACACCAACCGCGAGGCCCUGCUGCAGAUCAACUUCAAGGUCACCGCCCUGCGCCUCCCCUGCGAGUUCGCCUCCGUCGACGUCUGGGACUACCUCGGCAACACCCGCCUCGACUUGACCAAGAACCUCCACAAGACCAUGGUCUCCGGCCCGCGAGGCCGCGACAUUCUCGGCGCCUAUUCGGACGGCAAUGCUUUCUCGAACGGCGACUCUGAGGACGAGGUCAAGGCACACAUCGGCCUCAGCGAGAGCGAGGAGAUCAUGCAGAGCAAUUUCGACCAGAAACUCGCGGAGAAUGCAUGGACCUUUGUCGACUUCUUCGCCCCGUGGUGCAUCCACUGCGUCAAGCUCGCCCCGACCUGGGAGGCCUUUGCAAAGACUGUGCACGACAAGGACAUCCGCGUCAAGGUCUUCAAGGUCGACUGCACGAAGAACGAGUUUCUGUGCCGCUCCCAGCAGAUCUCGGGCUACCCGACCCUGCGCGUAUACAAGGGCAACCACCCGCAGCACCCGGACUACUUUGGCAAGCGCACCGUCUCCACCCUCAUCUCCUGGAUGGAGUCUAUGACCCACGAGCACGCGCACGCCAAAACCCGCCUCCACAAGGAGGAGGGCUGCCUCGUUGAGGGCGCCAUCUGGGUCAACCGCGUUCCAGGCAACUUCCACAUCACCGCAAAGUCCAAAGGCCACGACUUCGACCCCAAGGCCAUGAACUUGUCCCACGUUGUGCAUCACUUCUCCUUUGGCAAGCCGCUGCCGCGGAGAGUCAUCCGCCACCUCCCUGACGAUGUCAAGCGCAACAUCAACCCGCUGGACGGCCGCUCCUUCGUCAAUACCGAGGAGCACACCACGCACGAGCAUUACAUCAAAGUCGUCUCCACGCACUACCGCGUGGGCAAGUCCAGCAUCUUCAACCGCGAGGACUCGCUCGGCUACCAGAUGGCCACGUCCAACCAUCGGUACAAGUCCGACCCCGGCAUCCCGGAGGCCAAGUUCUCGUUCGACCUGUCCCCCACCGCCGUCGUUAUCAUCCAGGGCGGCAAGCGAUGGUACGAGUUUGUCACGUCGCUGUGCGCCAUCAUUGGCGGCAUCUUCACCGUCGUGUCGCUGUUCGACGGAGCUAUGUACUCUAUUUCAAAACGAGUUAAGGGCGUGCAAGGGAAGCUAUCGUGA